UUCGGGCUUCCAGGGCUCGGGGGUGCGAGAACGGGGCGCCGAGCGUGCCCCGAGAGGAGCCGGGGAUCCCGCAUCCUCCGCCUGCCCCUCCAUCGCGGCCGAGCGAGCGGCUGCCGCCCGCGGAACCCCGGCGAGGGACACCACAUCUUUUCUGGAAUGGAGAUUUCUUCCCACCAGUUUCAUCUCCUGCAGCAACUCAAUGAGCAGCGCAGACAAGACUUGUUCUGCGACUGCAACAUCCUGGUGGAGGGGAAGGUCUUCAAAGCGCACCGCAAUGUGCUGUUUGCCAGCAGCGGGUAUUUCAAGAUGCUCCUUUCCCAGAGUUCGAAGGAAAUGACUCAGCCGACGACGGCCACUUUCCAGGCAUUUUCUCCUGACACUUUUACAGUUAUUCUAGAUUUCGUGUACUCGGGCAAACUGUCUCUCACUGGUCAGAAUGUCAUUGAAGUCAUGUCAGCUGCUAGCUAUCUUCAGAUGACCGACGUUAUCAGUGUGUGUAAAACCUUCAUUAAGUCGUCACUGGACAUCAGUGAGAAGGAGAAGGAUCGCUACUUCAGCCUGUCAGACAAAGAGGUGAAUUCCAAUGGCGGGGACCAGUCGUGCUUGUACAGCACUGGCUGGAGAACAGAAAGCAGCCCCCCGCAUUCACACUUAAAUCCAGAUCAAGGGACAUGCGUGAGGGGAAACGCUUGGAGCAAUUUCAACUACUAUCCAGCUUCUCAAAGAAACACACAGCAGCAGCUGUCCAAACACGAGCAAAGGCAGGAUUCCGUAAAGAAAUCCCGGCACCUGGGACUACAGCAACCGUCUGACAUUCCUCACUAUAAAUCGAGCAAACUCGAGGACAGGGCUGCCGAGCCUGCUGGCCACAUUUCCCAACCUGAGGACCAGGUCCAGAUCGACACAGAAGUGGAAUCUCCCCACGUGGGGUACCAGUACGGCCAGGGGCCUGACGUGAUCUCGAGGAGCUUAGCGGCAGCGCAGCAGGAGCACGAUUCGCCCCGUUCUUCUGGCAAAUCCAAGUCUCCAAAAGCAGAUGAGCAGUAUCCAAGCAUGCCCUCGAUUGUCGGUGUGAUGGGCAGCUGGGCGGAAGAUGAUCUACCCAGGAUGAGGUUCAAGUGCCCAUUCUGCACUCACAUGGUGAAAAGAAAAGCAGACCUAAAGCGUCACCUUCGGUGCCAUACAGGAGAGCGGCCGUACCCGUGUGAGGCGUGUGGGAAGAGAUUCAGCAGGCUGGACCACCUGAGCAGCCACUUCCGAACAAUUCAUCAGGCUUGUAAGCUUAUCUGCAGGAAGUGUAAACGCCACGUGACCGAACUAACAGGACAAGUGGUCCAGGAGGGGACGAGACGUUACAGGCUCUGUAAUGAGUGUCUGGCUGAAGCUGGCAUAGACAGCAUUCGCAUUGACCUGGAGGCCGAAGCACCCCUGGAAUUUCCGCCAGACGGGGAUAAGGAUUCCAGGUGGCACUACGGGGAAGACAACAAAUCUGAUGUGGAGAUUGUGGAGGAUGGGUCAUCCGAUUUGGUCAUCCAGCAAGUUGAUGACAGUGAGGAUGAAGCAGAUGAAAAGGAAGUAAAACCAAAUAUUAGGUAGUUGUGAGACAAACAUUAGUGCAUGGAAUUCCUUUUACAUGGAAAUCCUGCCUUGACCGUGAGCCCUCCACCAGCCUGUCAUCCACAAAGACCUGUUGGUUUCUCCUGAACAGGUCCAGACUUGCAUGUGUUUAUGGACAUAUCAUUAAGUCCGUCCUGAGUUUUGCUAUCGAAAUACCCAUACCUUGCUUCAUUAGAAAUAACACACCCUUACAUGGAGUAACAGCUGAACGCAGAAGCUGAAGUACUACAAGGAUAAGGUUUUACAGUAGACAAUGAGUCUCUUCUCAAAACCUCUUUCAAAGAGGUAAGGUCUAAAUACUUUUUAAAAAGUUGCACACGUCUGUAAAUUACUCUUCAGCAUUCAGAAAUAAAGAUAAUUUUCCAUGAAAUUUCAUUAAGUCUUCAUAUUAUAUCAUAUUGUGAUUAGAAAAGCAAGGCAAAGAAAAAGCAUAUAAAAAUUGUUAGCACAUAACUGGAAAAGCAUUUUCUUGUAAAAUGUAUUCACUCUGAAAAUUGGGAACUCAGAUUGCGAUGUGUUUUAAUACCCAUUUGUAAAAUACUUUUUUUUUUAAUAUAAACAUCUGUGGAUGUAAUCUACCUGGACGUCAGCAAAGCCUUUGACUCUGUCUCCCGCAGUGCUGUGGAGAAGCUGCAGCCCGUGGCUGGGACAGGAGCACUCUUUGCUGGGUAAGGAGCUGCCUGGAUGGCCGGGCCCAGAGAGUGGUGGUGAAUGGAGUCACAUCCAGCUGGCAGCCGGGCACCAGCGGUGUUCCCCGGGGGUCAGUGCUGAGGCCAGCCCUGUUUAGUAUCCUUACUGAUGAUCUGGACGAGGGGAUUGAGCGCAGCCUUAGUGAGUUUGUGGAUUUGGGAGAAAGCAUCGAUCUGCCUGAGCUUAGGAAGGCCCUACAGGGGGAUCUGGACAGGUUGGAUAGCUAGGCUGAGGCCACUGGUAUGAGAUAAUGAGACCAAGUGCCGAGUCCUGCGUCUCGGUUACAAAAACGCCGUGUAUCGCUGCAGGCUUGGGGCAGAGUGGCUGGAAGGCGGCAUGGAGGAUCCGUGUUUGUGUGGGGAUGGAUGAAGGGAAGGGGAAAACAGCAUCACUCCAGGCCUGAAAACUGUGAACAGCAAAGAUAACACUAUUACGAAUUUUUGUAUGCUUCAGGGAGUUUUUAGAAGCAAAGGGAUUUAUGGGUCAAUAUUCAAUUUAAUUGGGUAUUGUAAGAAUAGUGAGGAUGAGAUUCUUUAGGAAAAAAAAAGACGUGAGGUGGCUACAAUGGGCAAAUGGAACGAUCUGCCCGUGAGAAGACUUUAAGUAUAGGCAAAUGAAUUACCGAUUUGCCCUGGAGAACAAGGGGUUUUACUGCUUUUAUACAUCACUGUUAUUCUCAGUACUGUAAAUGUUUGUACUCAUUUUUAAAGUAUCUUACCAAGCUUGGAGUUGUAGCUCUACGCUGCAAUUCCCACAGGUCAGUUAUGUUUUGUAUUUAACAAGAUUACCAUUUUACAUCUACUGCUUUAAUUUCAGUCGUUGUUUCCUUAUUUUUGUAUUACAAGACCAGAUAAAUGUUAAGUGCCUUAUAUUUUCUGUGUUCUUUGUUUUACAUAUCCAGUCAUAUAUUUUGUUUGUUUUCCUCUAAAUUAAAAUAAUGCUGCUUUAUUUUCUUUUAA